AUGGCUGCCGCGGACGAAACUCUCGCCGCCGCGACGGCCGUUCUUCAGAACCUGGCGAGAGAGGAACCGACUCCUGGGUCCUCAUCACCCCCAUUUGAUUUUCAAUUCCCUGUGUCGAACGGCACAAAAUCUGCAAGGUUGCCUGGAGAGCCGAGCCCGGCAAAGGCGGCCUUUGAGUCUGAACUGGAGGCCUUGGUGCGCCGGGUGCACCAUCUGGAAUUCCAAGCUGUCAGUCACCAAAAGUCCCCCGACAUUUCCCAACAGGGAUCGCCGUCUGCUUUUGGAUCCAACGAGCAGGCGCCCGAUUUCCUGCGGACCUUUGGGCUCUUUCGCUUGUCGUCCGAUCUUGGUUCUGACUCUUAUUGCCCUCCACAGCAGCAACACUUGAAUCAACCCGGUCGGCGACAGCGAACUCCUGCCCAACCCGAAGAACCACACCCGACGAUCGAGGUUGAUGAAGACGAAACCGAAGACGAGGAUGAAAAUGGAACGCGGACCCGCGUGGUCCGCGAGGAAGACAUCAGCUUUCUCCGCAACCAUGUACAGAAACAGGCCGAGGAAAUCAGUUUCCAGAAGGACAUCAUCGCCCAGGUUCGAGACGAGCUCCAGACGCAAGAAGAGCGCACCCGUCGCGCCCUGACCAAGGUCGAGAACGAAGAUGUCGUCCUCCUCGAACGCGAGCUACGCAAGCACCAGCAGGCUAACGAGGCCUUCCAAAAAGCUUUACGGGAAAUUGGCGGCAUCAUCACCCAAGUCGCCAACGGUGAUCUGUCUAUGAAGGUCCAGAUUCACCCGCUGGAGAUGGAUCCGGAAAUCGCUACUUUCAAACGAACGAUCAAUACGAUGAUGGACCAGCUGCAGGUCUUUGGUAGUGAGGUGUCUCGUGUGGCCCGUGAGGUCGGUACAGAAGGAAUACUCGGUGGUCAAGCCCAGAUCACUGGCGUCCAUGGUAUCUGGAAGGAACUCACGGAGAAUGUCAACAUCAUGGCCAAGAAUCUGACGGAUCAGGUGCGAGAAAUCGCGGCCGUCACUACGGCUGUCGCGCACGGUGAUCUGAGUCAAAAGAUUGAGAGCCGCGCCCAGGGCGAGAUUUUGGAACUGCAACAGACGAUCAAUACCAUGGUAGACCAACUGCGAACCUUUGCAACGGAAGUGACACGAGUCGCGCGUGAUGUCGGUACAGAAGGUGUACUCGGCGGUCAGGCUCAAAUUGAAGGUGUCCAGGGCAUGUGGAACGAACUUACUGUUAAUGUCAACGCCAUGGCGAACAACCUGACUACUCAGGUGCGAGAUAUUGCUACGGUCACUAAGGCUGUGGCCAAAGGUGACCUGACGCAAAAGGUGCAAGCCAACUGCCGGGGAGAAAUUGCAGAGCUGAAAAACAUUAUCAACUCCAUGGUGGAUCAACUGCGGCAGUUUGCACAGGAAGUGACGAAGAUUGCCAAGGAGGUCGGUACAGAUGGUGUCCUGGGUGGUCAAGCUACUGUCAACGAUGUCGAAGGUACAUGGAAGGAUUUGACGGAGAACGUCAACCGCAUGGCCAACAACUUGACUACGCAAGUGCGUGAGAUUGCGGAUGUCACUACAGCAGUCGCAAAGGGCGAUCUGACCAAGAAGGUCACCGCCAACGUCCAAGGAGAAAUCUUGGAUCUGAAGAGCACUAUCAACGGCAUGGUGGACCGAUUGAAUACGUUCGCUUUCGAGGUUAGUAAAGUCGCCCGAGAGGUCGGCACAGAUGGUACCCUCGGCGGACAAGCCAAGGUCGAUAAUGUGGAGGGAAUGCGGAGUAUUUCCGACGUUACCCAGGCCAUUGCAAAGGGUGAUCUCAGCAAGAAGAUUGAAGUGCAUGCCCAAGGAGAAAUCCUCACCCUCAAGGUCACUAUCAAUCACAUGGUGGGUCGACUCGCUAAGUUCGCGACUGAACUGAAGAAGGUGGCCCGCGAUGUCGGUGUCGAUGGCAAGAUGGGUGGGCAGGCCAACGUCGAAGGUAUUGCUGGAACCUGGAAGGAGAUCACGGAGGACGUCAACACCAUGGCCGAAAACCUGACCUCCCAAGUGCGCGCAUUUGGUGAGAUCACUGAUGCUGCCACGGACGGAGAUUUCACCAAGCUCAUCACGGUCAACGCCUCUGGCGAAAUGGACGAGCUGAAGCGCAAGAUCAACAAGAUGGUUUCCAAUCUCCGAGACAGUAUUCAGCGAAACACGGCAGCCAGGGAAGCAGCCGAACUGGCCAACCGCACCAAAUCCGAAUUCCUGGCGAACAUGAGUCACGAAAUCCGAACUCCGAUGAACGGUAUUAUUGGCAUGACGCAACUGACGCUGGAUACGGACGACCUGAAGCCAUAUACACGUGAGAUGUUGAAUGUUGUUCACAACCUGGCGAACAGCUUACUCACGAUCAUUGACGAUAUACUCGAUAUUUCGAAGAUUGAGGCCAAUCGGAUGGUCAUCGAGAGCAUUCCAUUUACCGUUCGGGGCACCGUCUUCAAUGCCCUGAAGACAUUAGCGGUCAAGGCCAACGAGAAGUUCCUCAGUCUGACGUAUCAAGUGGAUAACACUGUUCCCGAUUAUGUGAUCGGUGACCCGUUCCGUCUACGCCAGAUCAUCCUCAACUUGGUUGGCAAUGCCAUCAAAUUCACCGAGCAUGGAGAGGUCAAACUCACCAUUCGCAAGUCCGAUCGGGAGCAGUGCACCGUCAACGAGUAUGCUUUUGAAUUCUCGGUUUCUGAUACCGGUAUUGGUAUUGAGGAAGAUAAGCUGGAUCUCAUCUUCGACACCUUCCAACAAGCCGAUGGGUCAACUACGCGGAGAUUUGGUGGAACUGGAUUGGGUCUCUCCAUCUCGAAGCGUCUGGUGAACCUGAUGGGUGGUGAUGUUUGGGUUACGUCCGAAUAUGGACAUGGAAGUACAUUCCAUUUCACCUGCGUGGUCAAGCUCGCCGAUCAGUCCUUGAAUGUCAUCGCCAACCAGCUCCUGCCGUACAGGAACCACCGUGUUCUGUUCAUUGACAAGGGUCAGAACGGCGCCCAGGCGGCUAACGUCAUGAAGAUGCUCAAGAAGAUCGAGUUGGAACCGUUGGUUGUGCGGAAUGAGGAACAUGUCCCGCCACCGGAGAUUCAAGAUCCCUCUGGCAAAGAAUCGGGCCAUGCAUACGAUGUUAUCAUUGUAGACUCUGUGGACACUGCUCGGAUUCUACGGACGUUUGAUGAGUUCAAAUACAUUCCCAUCGUCCUGGUAUGUCCCCUGGUCUGCGUGAGCUUGAAGUCUGCCUUGGAUCUGGGUAUCAGCUCAUACAUGACCACGCCCUGCCAACCGAUCGAUCUUGGAAACGGCAUGCUUCCGGCACUGGAAGGACGCUCGACACCAAUCACUACGGACAACUCUCGUUCAUUCGAUAUUCUUCUUGCCGAGGAUAACGACGUGAACCAGCAGCUCGCCAUGAAGAUCCUCCAGAAACACAACCACAAUGUCUAUGUUGUUGGCAAUGGUCUGGAAGCCGUGGAAGCCGUCAAGCAACGUCGCUACGAUGUGAUCCUGAUGGAUGUUCAAAUGCCGGUCAUGGGCGGAUUUGAAGCCACCGGCAAGAUUCGCGAGUACGAGCGGGAGAGCGGGUUCCAGCGGACCCCGAUUAUUGCGCUUACGGCCCACGCCAUGUUGGGUGAUCGCGAGAAGUGCAUCCAAGCCCAGAUGGAUGAAUAUCUGUCGAAGCCGCUCAAACAGAACCAGAUGAUGCAGACCAUCUUGAAGUGCGCUACCCUUGGUGGCUCGCUAUUGGAGAAGAGCAAGGAAUCCAGAAUAUCGAGCAGUGGCGAGAUGCAUCCGAUCCACUCGUCCGCCCCUGAAAACAAUCAGAGUCAACAACGGUCAAACCAGCAGCUGAAAAUGGAACCGCUGCCAGACCCGCGACGGCCUGCUGCAGAGACUCGAGCCGUCACCACGGGUCCCGUCACCCGAGGAAGCGCUGCUAGUCCGAAUGAAGGCAAGGACGAAGAAAUGAUUGAUGACCGGGCCUUCCUACGAUCCAACAGCACUUAG